CUGAUCUCAGACUGAAAGCAGGGAGAGAGUUUCUGCACAACUACUGCAAAGUGUCGACCUAUUCAUUUAGAUAGUWAGCAUAAAGAUGAAGAUUGAUAUUCACAAUCAUAUUUUACCAAAGGACUGGCCCGACCUGAGGCAGAGAUAUGGAUACGGUGGGUUCGUCCAGCUCCACCAUCACUGCAAUGGUGAGGCAGAGAUGAUGAAGGAUGGGAAGCUGUUCCGAGUGAUUCAGGAAAACUGCUGGGACGCAAACGCUCGCAUACAGGAUAUGGAUAAACACGGCGUCACAGUUCAGGCCCUCUCCACGGUYCCUGUCAUGUUCAGUUACUGGGCCAAACCUCAUGACACGCUGGAUCUCUGCRUCCUUUUGAAUAACGAUUUGGCCCAGACGGUGCGCAGCCACCCCAGGAGGUUUGUGGGCCUGGGCACGCUGCCCAUGCAGGCCCCGGACCUGGCCGUGUUGGAAAUGACGCGCUGCGUGAAGGAGCUGGGCUUCCCCGGAGUGCAGAUCGGCUCACACGUCAACAACUGGGACCUCAAUGCAUCGGAGCUCCUUCCUUUUUACGCUGCAGCUGAGGAGCUGGGCUGCUCUAUAUUUGUGCACCCGUGGGACAUGCAGACAGACGGGAGGAUGGCUAAGUAUUGGCUGCCCUGGCUGGUGGGAAUGCCAACAGAGACAACCAUGGCCAUUUGCUCAAUGAUAUUUGGCGGUAUCUUCGAAAGAUUUCCUAAACUGAAAGUCUGCUUUGCUCAUGGAGGGGGUUCUUUUCCGUUCACUGUUGGCAGAAUUGAACACGGCCACAAAGUUCGUCCUGACCUGUGCGCAGUCGACAACGCGAUCAAUCCAAAGAAAUACCUCGGCUCUUUUUACACUGAUUCUUUGGUUCAUGAUCCAAUCUCCCUGAAGCUGCUCGUUGACGUCAUUGGAAAAGAUAAAGUGAUGCUGGGAACAGAUUAUCCAUUCCCACUUGGUGAGCUGCAACCUGGAUCACUGAUUGAGUCGAUGGAGGACUUUGAAGACACACUCAAGGACAAGCUGCUCGCUGGAAAUGCACUGGAGUUUUUGGGACUCAAACAAGAGCAUUUUAUGUAACAUGAUUCUCAAGAGCAACUGCAAAAACUACCGUUAAUUUAGGCCUUUUUACCAAUUCAAUUACAAGUUUAUAUUAACAUGGCUUUUUGCAUAUAGAGCUGCAGAGGAUUUAAUUUUUUUCUUUAUUUUUGUUGGUGUAAGAAGAAUUCAUGUCAACCUGGUGACCGCCUCAUUGACUUAAUGGAAAAAAAAUCCUACAAUAUGGGCUUGUAUUGUUUGUGUGCAAGAAAGGUAUUGCCUACUUUAAUUGAGCUUUAAAAAACUCAUAUUGUAAUAGUAAUAUUAAUUGGUGCAAAUGGUUCGGAUAAAAAUCAUGUGCACAUAAUAGUGUAUACCAGUUACAGUCGAGAUAUUUUUUGUAUUUCCUGUGCUAAUGUACUAAAACCUAUUCAUUCAGUAAUAAUUGUUAUUAGUUUAUAUUUUCCAUGAAUAAAAGGUGCAUUUUUGUUUUAACUGUACCUUAAAAAGGUAUAGCUUAGACAGUAUGCUGAUACAGCUGAGAAACUGUCAUAAUAUUGUGAAACUGACUGGCAUUAAAUAUCUAGUUGACAUUUAAAAAUGAGAAUUGGACAGGAUGUAUUCAAAAUAAACUUUAAUCUUGUUUGUUUAA